AGGGGAAAAAAAUAAGAGAGAAACGAAGAAAAAAAAAAAAGAAAAAAAGAAGCAAAAAAACAUUUGAGAGUCUCCGGACAUUAUUAGAACCAAAUUAGGGCAUAACCCUUAUCGAUCGGAGACAGAAGCCAUGGGAAGAAGAAAGGUUGAGAUCAAGCGAAUCGAGAAGAAAAGCAGUCGACAAGUCACUUUCUCCAAACGACGCAAUGGUCUCAUCGAGAAAGCUCGACAACUCUCAAUUCUCUGUGAAUCCUCCAUCGCUGUCCUCGUCGUCUCCGGCUCCGGAAAACUUUACAAUUCUUCCUCCGGAGACAACAUGUCCAAGAUCAUCGAUCGUUAUGAGAUACAACAUGCUGAUGAACUAAAAGUCUUAGAUCUUGAGGAAAAAACUCGGAAUUAUCUUCCACACAAGGAGUUACUAGAUAUAGUCCAAAGGUCAGCUCUAGUACACCUCUUUAUCCCCCCUUCUUCUGAUAAAAAAAAUAUUUUUCUUUUUCUUUUGGCAACUUAUGAAUACAGAAAGCUAGAAGAACCCGUCGAUAAUGUAAGUGUAGACUCCUUAAUGUCUAUGGAGGAACAGCUCGAGACUGCUCUUUCCGUAACUAGAGCUAAGAAGACAGAACUGAUGAUGGACGAUCUGAAGUCCCUUCAAGAAACGGAGAAGUUGCUGAGAGAAGAGAAUCAGUUUCUGGCUAGCCAGUAGCUGUAGAAAAACUAAAAGAAACGUAAGAAAGUUUCUUACAGAUGGGUAUGAAGACGAUUCUGGUAACCGAAGGUGUGGGAGGAAUGUCAUCGGGAAAUAGCUCCGGUAACAAAAUACCGGAAACUCUCCCGCUGUUGAAGUAAUCACCAUCAUCAACGGCUGAGUUUUUCACCUGAAACUCAUAGCCUGAUUCAGAAUAUAAAAGAAAGAAAAAAGAAAACAGUUUGUAAAAUAGAAAAAGCUGCAUAAUCUCAAACCCCUUUUAUCUUCCCUCUAUGUGUGGAAACUAAGGUAAGAAAGAAAAAAAAAGGAAAACGAAGCUUUUUUUUAUAUGAAAAAGUAUUGUAAAACUUAAGAUAAAGUUGUCGACCUUUUGUUGUGCCUUCGUAGACAAGAUCAGACAGAAUUCGUGUGUGUUUGUUGUAUUCUUGUUUGAAAGUACGGAUUAAAAUAUAAAUGUUUUUUUUUCUUUCUU